AUGGACUCGCACCAGGGCGCGGCCGGAUUCGCCUUUGACAUGAACAUGGAUUUCAGCACCGUGUUCCCGAAGCCCAAUGAGGGUGAAACCUCGAACGGCUUCUUCUUUGGUGACGAGGGCAUCGACACGACCACAACCUUUGUGGACCCACUGGCAAUGUUUCCUCAGCAGACACCCACAUGUUAUGACAUCCAGCAAGGCCUUCUCGAUGUUGAGGACUUGCCUCAAACCAAGCGUCACGAAUCAAUCUCCGAUUUCACACUCUUCCCUACGCCUGCUGCGACAUGGGCCCAAGACAUGCAAUCAACACCUGCAGCUUCUUCUAUCGAGUUCGGUAUUUCCGACGAAGCUGCUGACAUGUGCGCAAUGUGGUUCAACAAAUAUGCCAUUCUGCCUAGUGAUCGACAUAUCGAUUCUUUGAGCCAGCUUACAGGCGAGCCUGCGGACGCUAUUCGGCAUUGGUUUGGCCGGCUCAUGAAGCAAGGCAUGAACACCAGCCAGGGGGAUUCCGCCUAUCGAUCACAGACUUCGCUUCCCCAGUCGAACCAGUUUUGGGAUGAGCACGCCACGAGUCUCGUUCAAGUACCACAGCUACCUUUCGAUGAGAGCAACCAGGGAUCCAUCACAACAAACUCAGAUGUGAGCCCUAUGCAAGAGACUGCCAAAAUCAGCCAAUCAUCCAAUACUCUUCGUGGCGGCAGGAAGUCGCGCUGCGCGCCUACAGACGACCUUUCCCUUCUUAGCCGAGAUCCGAGCAAAAUAUAUCAGUGUACAAGAAAGUGUGGCAAGCGUUACGGCCGCAAGUGCGACUGGAAGAGAAAUGAAGAGGAAGGCUACCCGUGCAAAUCAUGGGUAUGCAACCUGUACCACAUCGCAGACCAUUUCAAGAAGGGCAAGUGUAUGCUCGACUGGGAUGAUGGCGAAACCAAUGACGGCUCUAAUGACAACACCAACGAUGAUGACGAUGAUCGACCAAGCGACGACGACUCUGACAGCAGCAAGCCCCACCAACCACCGCCUCGUGUUCCUAGAGGUGGCUCCGACUCACAGUACUAUGGUAGUGGCGGCCACAACGAUGGCGGAAACGGUUCAGGAUCUCAAGGCAGCUACUUCCAGUUCCAGCUUUCACGACUUAGUGAAAGCGAGGCUGGAAGUCAAGUGUAUUACGCACAACAACCUAUCAUUAAACCAACGAGCGAUCAGCGCAUGCGCUGCAGAUCAGAGCCACCACAACAGCGAUCAUCCUCAAUUCACGAGCUCGAUGCGACAGCGGAACACGACGCAGGUCCUUUGGCCCGAGAUGCUGUCUCCAGAUCCUUAACGUUUGCGAAGCAAGACCGCCCGGUGUCACUUUUCGAUGGACCAAAGUCUACAAACGAUGCCAUUACUACCGGGGCAGGAACACUUGUGGUCCGGCAGGAAUAUCAGUCUUCGGACUCCAUGCCAGUCGAGCCUAAGGUGCUCCAGCUCAUCCCAAUCAACUCACAAUCAUUCCUGAGCGUCAGAUUCCUCGGAUCGGGUGGCUUCAGUACGGUCGACGAAGUUGUACACCGCGGAACAAAACUACGCCUCGGUCGAAAGACGCUAAAGAAUCGCGACCCAGCUGCUGUUGAGGAGCUGAGGAAAGAGGUCAACGUACUACAGAAGUUACGCCACCCUCACGUAAUCCGCUUUCUUGGAGCCUAUUCCCAGGGAGACAAGCUGUCCAUACUACUCUCGCCGAUUGCGGAUACCACAUUAUCGCUAUGGCUAGAGCGCUUCACACACGCAAAGCCUGGCAACUUCAGUCAAAUCAUCACAAAGAUGUUUGGUUGUCUGGCUUCCUCAGUACGGUACCUUCACGAGCAGCGACCUGUCGUUAAGCACUUGGACAUCAAGCCGCAGAACAUCCUCAUUGUUGAAGGUGACGGAGAAUUCCCUCAUGUGGUACUUUGCGACUUCGGCAUCAGUACAUCGGACGAUAUUUGCGAAGGCAGACCUCAGCCAUUAACACGCCAGUACGUCGCACCCGAGGUGUUCGGGGGAUUCCAUCGAACGUCUCGUACAUCAGCUGCCGAUAUUUGGAGUCUUGGCUGUGUAUUCGCCGAGAUGGCGUCCAUACCGUUCGGCGAGAGCAACCCCAAGUGGACGAGUCUCCGCAGCGAGUUUAGUGGAAGAACCGGCAAGUACUACUGGCAAGACGUGUCAGGUCUCCAAAACAGGCUUGCAUUAGUACUCGAGAACGCUACAUCCGCACCAGAGAGGACUAUUGCGUGCACACUCCAAGCGAUGCUACAGCGUCAACCGGCUGAACGACCGAAUGCUUCGUCACUGACCUUGGUAUUUACCCCUGCACCUUGCUGUCUCAGCUGGCCAAACGACAAGGCAGCUUACCCUGGUCCUCAAGAAGAGCUGUCCAUGGUAGAGAUGCUAAUCCACGAGGACGACAAAGAUUGCCGCGACCAACUCGGCAACGAUAAGCCCGGUGCUCAGGCCUGGCUUGAACAAUACAUCAGACCAGAGGAAGGAACGUCCUGCGUUCGCAUUGUCGAUAGCGCAUCGAUCAAAUCACUGGCCGAGUCGGUGGACUAUGUCGCGCUGAGCCAUUUGUGGAACGAGUCGCAUACAAGCCUGACAACUGCUGACCUGGAGGCUAUGCAGUUGGGAAUACCUCUCUCAACACUAUCCGGUGCACUCAAUACUGCGAUCACUGCAGCACAAGACCUUGGAUACCGGUACAUAUGGACCGACUCCCUAUGUGUCAUACAAGAUGCAGAGGAAAGCAGGCGAGAAGAGUGUGCCAACAUGGCAUCCGUGUUCCGCAAUGCGGCCCUGACGAUCGUACUGGAUGCCAUCGAGAAUGGGGUAGAAGAAUUCAGGAAAGCACUUGCAGAGAGCGAUUCCGGAUUUGCAUGGGAUACUCGGGCGUGGGCAUUACAAGAGCGGCUACUGAGUCACCGCUUCCUACAUCUCGGCCAAGAACAGAUGUACUGGGAGUGCAACUCGCUCAAGGCAUCACAGACCUUCCCUCAAGGCUUGCCUCUCCUAGUAUGGGAGAAGGCACAUAGCAAACCCGAGACGCUCAAAGGCAUACAGCCCGGCAUGAAGGAGAUGCCUUCUUACAACUCGCUCCUAGCUCCUGACGCAAUCGCUGCCAGCACGGAAAAUCGACUUCGCCCGGAUGCAGCCACUGUCACGGAUAAGAAUAGCAGUUCGCUUCGAACGGAGCCUCUGCGCGACUUGCAAUGGAUCAGGAAAGAAGGCGACGGCAUCGGAGACGGCACAGAAGCCGCCCAGACAAUUCUACAGACCGACAACGCCGUUGCAUCCUCAGCCACGAGUGGCAAGUCACCCAUAACUAGCGACAAGCUAGGCAACUUCCCCGUCUUUACAACCUGCACAUGCACAGACGGCGACAAGCGUCUCACCGUCGACGGAGGAACGCACAAUUGCAACAGCAAGGCCUUGCUCGCGUCGAACGACGUUGAUGGCAGGCGAGAUAUCAAGUCAAGUGGGCAGCUAGAUAGGCAUGGUAGUAGGAAUGGGAGGUUGAGAGAUGGGGAUCCGAACGCGAAGGGAAGUGGAAAGGGGUUGGUUUGUGGUGAUGCAAAUGCAGCAAGCUAG